AAUGUUGAAAGUUAAAAAUGAAAAUUGUAAUAUUGAUAUUGUUUUUCAUGUAGAAAUUUCACACAGACAUGGCUUCCCCAGACCUUCAGUGGUUGAUCAUCAGAAACAACUCCAGUUUUCUGUUAAAAGGAAACGGACAAACAUACAGCAGGGAGCAAAAUAACCUUAAAUCCAAAAACUCCUUCCGUUACAAUGGACUGGUCAACCGUCAGACUGUUGGGGUUGUCCCAGCCAAGGAUGGAAAGGGGGUUGUCCUCGUAACAAAGAAGUCGAAGGCUGGUAAACGCCCUGGAUCAAGCUACAACAAAGUAGAGCUAAAACGAGGGUCCCGCCAAACCUUCAGCACUAUCAGAAAAACCCUUCGUAACAACAGCUACAGAAAGGAUCUGAAAAUGGCUGCUGUAAGAAGGGCCAGUGCUCUCUUGAAGAGCCAGAAACCAGUUGUUGUAAAGAAAAGUGGACUGAAGUCUAAGUGAAUGUGACAACAACAAAAUAAAACUGUGAAAUAUUAAAAGAA